AGAGCAACAGAUGCAGAGAGAGAGAGAGAGAGAGAGCAGAGCACUGAACCCAAAACAAAUCUCUCUCAUUUGCUUUGAAAACAGUGCAAGCCUGAACCUGUCCACUACAGUAAUAUUUUGCGUGAGUGGAUGCUCUGUUUUCCCUUUUCCAACCGCUGGAAUCUCCUCUUCCUCCCCUGUUCCCAGUUCCAUUUUUUAUCAUAAAUCUCUGCAGCAAAAAUAAGUUAAAAUGGCAAUCAAAACAAUUUGAAGCAAACCCAUUUCAAAUUAGCCCUUUUCCUCACUUGGGUCUGAUUCUUUUGCUGAGGUUGAGCGCUGAAACCCAUUGUAAAAGGCCUUCCCCUUUGCCCUGUUUCUUGUGACCGCCAUUGAUUCAAGCAAAAGAGAAAAUGGAUGAGAAGAAGCUUGAGCUUAGGCUGGGCCCACCUGGAGAUGAUGAAUACCCAGCAAAAACCUGUGUUGGUGCAAAGAGAGGUUUUUUUGCUACAGUUGAGCCCAAUACUGGAAGUAUUCUACCACCACAUGCUACUGAAAAUGCCGCUGAAGGCCAGAGAAGCUCUCGGACUAGAACCGCUACCGCUCCUGUAGUUGGUUGGCCUCCCAUUCGAUCCUUUAGAAAGAACCUUGCAAGUUCUUCUUCUAAAUCAAACCUCGAAACCCCUGACGAGAGCUUGAAGAAGACAGCAAAGCCUGAAACUAACAAGGGCUUAUUUGUGAAAAUUAAUAUGGAUGGAAUCCCCAUUGGAAGAAAAAUUGACCUUAAGGCUUACAAUAGCUAUGAUAAGCUUUCACUAGCUGUUGAUGAACUGUUUCGUGGUCUUCUUGCAGCCCAAAGAGACCCUAUUGCUACUGGCAGUCUUGAGAAAGAACAAGCAAUCACAGGUUUAUUAGAUGGGAGUGGUGAGUUUACUUUGGUGUAUGAAGAUGAUGAAGGAGAUCGAAUGUUAGUUGGAGAUGUUCCUUGGGAGAUGUUUGUUUCAACUGCUAGGAGAUUGAGAGUGUUGAAGAGCUCUGAGCUUUCUACAUUGCGAUCGGGAAUAAUCAACAAGAAGAGAACGGCGGAGUGUUGAGUUUACAUUGGAAUGAAGAACUUGUGACCUACAUCUUUUAAACUUUUGGCACUAGGAUUUUGUAUGUAGAAUUUUCCUCACUUUUAAUGGGUGAGUUUAGCUAUUAUGUACUAAUUAUCCUUUCAUGUUUUGGGUUUGUACAAACCAAAAUCUAUGGAAAAUAUUGGUAAACAGGUGGGAACUUGUUUGGAACUUGCUAUUUA